AUGAAUAUAUAUCGAGUGCUGAUAUUUGCCGCAUUUGUAUUUAUUUCUGCGACAAGUGUAUUACCGUGGAAUUUAUUUAUAAAUGCACAUGAGUAUUAUCGCUACAAGCUACGCAAUGUUACCGAAAAUACAACUUUAAUUGAAGAGAAAGAUGUUGAUACCGAAUUGCAGCGUUCCUACGAAGGGUGGGUUACCCUUACAGCUGGUGUUUCAUGCGCUCUUGGUUCAGGAAUAAAUUUUUGGGCAACAGGGAGGUAUGAUUCUUGA